AUGGCAUCGUCGACCCAUGCUUCCACCCCAAGAGGUGGUUCUUGCUGCCCGAGGGUCACGGCCUUCACCCUGCUUACUCUCCCCUUCUUAAGCGAUAGUAGCUAUGUCCUUGACUCGGCCGAUGGCCUCCUCCUCUUGCAACGGAAAAGCCAAGUCACUUCCGCGAUCAGGGUCAUCCACACUUUCACCGGCGACUUUGUGGAGCAACCACUGCUGAUGUCCCUUAUCGAUCCACCCCGCCUUGAUCAUCACGCCCUGUCAUCUUAUUUGUUGCCACCAAGGUUGAUUGCCACGUGUCCCACCGGCAAAAUUUCUGGCAUGUUCUACAUGGAAGAAUGUGUCUCGGAGAUCCUAGUGAUUGGUCACGACGCUAACCCACUUUUCAAGGGCCACAUGCUCGUCUAG